CUUUUGCUAUUGAAAUGGAUAGAAUAGAAAUGGAAACACACGAAGCAGCAUUGAACACACUCCAUGAAACACAAAACCUGAUACCACCGAAUAUUGAUGUUGGAGCAGUAUCGAGAGAAUGCACUCGAACCUUAUUGGACGAAAGAAAACCAAAAGAGAACCCUGCAGAGCAGCACUUUCUAUCAGGGACUCAGCAUCUUUAUCAACAGAUAAAUAAUGGAGAGUCAUUGUCAAGAGAGCACGAGUAUCAGUCGCUACUAAGGGAAAAUGGCGAAAUGUGGCUACCAACAAAUGAUCCCUUUGAGACAGCGCAAAAACAUGCUACAUCAAAUGUUAAUCACGAGCAGCAAGGAUCAGAAUACCAACAACUACAUCUUUAUUCAAGAGUAGAAGAAAAGUAGUUGUUUUAAAGCUCGUAAUGUUGAAUAUGUUGAUAGAAAUACCUAGAGGUUUCUUUAAAAAAAGAAUUAAAAAAAAAAAGAGAAGACGUUU